CAUAUUGUCGAUCCAGCAGAAAAGCCCGAGAGUGCCUGGACAUUGCCCAACACCUUCUCCUCAGGAUCGGGCUUCCGAAUGCUUUUCCCAACUGGUGACCUUGGUUUCGUUUCGCCUAGCAACGGUCAACUGUACGUGUGCGGACGUUGCGAUGACGCGGUGAAGGUGAAUGGGGUCAAAUGCAACCUCACCGCUAUAGACAACUUUCUGACAGGCGUAAUUGAUGAUGUAAUAAGUAAUCCUGGCUCCCAAAAUCAACAAUUCGCUCCUCUGCGGGCCACCAUCACACUACUGAUUGAGAGCAGCCAACGCAAAGCACAGCUUGUGUGCUUCUACACGCGAAAUGAUGGCAGUUUAACAGAGGCACAGGGAGGAAGUUUUACUAAUUUGGAUCUCGCAAAGCUGAUCGGUGGUAACCUGCCCUCUUUUGUGAACGUCAAAGUUGUGCAGUCAUUUAUUCUUGUUCAAGGAAUUGAAAUCGCUCGAACAAAUAUUAUAGAAAUACAGUAG